CCUGCUGGACGGGACUGAAGUGUCCUUCAUAUAAACCGGUGGCAAAGUGGCGAGCAGUGGCCCCCGGGCAGCAGAGAUCAGAGCCAGCACACAGACGCAGAGACAGAGAGGAGGAGACCGGAGCAGCGAGCAUCGAGUACGGCCGUUGGACCCACAGUAAAACAUCGAGGAGACCCCGUGAACCAGCGGAGGAAACUAAUCCGGACGGAGCUGCAUUUACUCCCACCUACAGAGAUGGAGGUCACCUCUUCCCCUUUGCUAUUAAUAUGCGUAUUUUUGGCGGCUGUGUUGAUUGGUGGAGCCCGCUCGGAGGGGGUGUGUCUUCAAGACGGCAUCCACAAGGCCACGCCCAGCCCGGAGCCAAACCUGACGGAGUGCUCAAUGUAUGCUGACGAUAGCUGCUGCACAGAAGAACAAAUCCAGGACAUCUCUCACGUUCCUUCUGCCAGUAACCAGAAUGAACCCUGGGACAAGUGUGGGUCCCUGAGCCCUGAGUGUGAGAGCUUUCUGAAGCGUGUGUCGUGUUUUUACCGCUGCUCCCCUGACGCUGCUCGCUGGCCUCAUCCUCAGCGCCACUCGUACAUCCAGGCUGUGCCUCUCUGCCACAGCUUCUGCCGUGAUUGGUUUGAUGCCUGCAGGAUGGACUUGACAUGUGCCCGUAACUGGGCCAGAGACCCCAGGGGACAGAACUGCACCGGAACCUGUGUGCAGUAUGAGCAGAUGUACCAGCAUGGCAGGGAUCUCUGCGAAAGCCUUUGGGGUGACGCCUUCAUGACGGUCGAGGAUGAGCCAGAGGAGGUGGGAGAGGCCAGAGAUAUUGGAGAGGAGGGUGAAGGCAGUCACCCCUGUGGCUGCCUGACUCUGAGCCCCUCGGACAAAGACGUGAUUGCUGCUCUCAGAGCCCAGCAGGAUGACCCGGAGGAGCUGGAUACCACCAAGACUGGCCUGCCUCAGUAUCGGGCCCCUUGCCAGACCAAGCUGCCCGUGCAGCCCACGAAUGGCAGGAAGGGAAACUCUGUGCUGCGGAAGCGCUCGGUGGAGGUGGAAGACAUGGAUGGGAGCGGCAGCGGUUUGUAGACGGUGAUAGAUGCAACCUUAGAGAUAAUGUUCUAGAUCAUCAUAUACAAAAUUGAUCCCUUGAUUGGGAGUUGUAACCUUGCUCUUCUAACUAAACAUCCUACACAAACCUAAGCUCUCAUUAUUAUCUUCACAUCGCAGGAAUAAUAACCCUUUGAUUUUCAAAAAAGAUCCGGUUUAAGCGACGCUGAAAAGCUCAUGAACACCCCAUCAAUUUUUUGACUGAACAGCCAGGAUUAAAAGAAAUACCAUUAAAGAUUUUACAGCUGAAUUUUAGAAGAAUAUUCAAAGCUGAAAUCCUCAAUUCUGAAAGGGCUCAAUAAUAAAUACACUGAUACUAUCCCAUAAUAGCUGCAGAAUGUUUUUAUGGCCCCGCUAGCAGUGAGAUUUUUUUAGUGGGUAUUUGAUUUUAUGGCGCAGUGUAACACAUCAAUCAGGAUUACAGUACAAUAUGUGUGAAGUCUUGCACAUGGUAAAAGCCCUGCAGUAUUAGCACUUCUGCAUGAGUCAGACAUGUCAAACCUUAAGUACUACUUUUCAUGACGGUGUUGAAAACAUAAUAUACGACCAUCCAGCUACUUAUUUCAGCUGUCUAGCUGACUAUAAUCAGUGCUUUAGUCAUUUGUUAAAUGCAUUACUUACCCUUGUGAUACCAUGUUGUGCAGUCUACUUGUCAUGGAGUUUAUGAUAGUGGAGAGUGUCACAAGUUUUAAUCAUAAUUUUGAAUGUCUCUUAGAUUUUUCUAACACAGUUAACUGACCUGAAAGCGAGUGUUCUGGUAUCAGGAUGACCCGAGUGAAGGUUCAGUAUUCCAGAAACAGAAUCGGAGGAAGUCAGCAGGAGCGCCAUUCAUACCAGAUAAGGUUGCUCUGGUAGUUCGAUCACAUAUCACGAGUGUACUGUGGGUGGUUUAUAAUUAGGUCAUGUGAUUCUACCAUUGGGCACUGUUAGAUGUAAAUGUUUUAUAAAAAAAAAUAAAAAAAAUGGAGAACUGAUUUGUUUGAUUUAUCAUAAGCUUGCUGAAAAGGGUGUUUCUGUGCUUUUUCUUUUCAUUCUCAAUAAAGGACGUUUCUAAACACUU